AUGUUCUUAUUCUUUGCCUAUGGAGGCGUCAUGGUCGGCAAUACCGCCCUAGGUGGGAAGCCUUCGACCUCUAAUGAAUACCUCGUAUUUCUCCUGUUUGCGGCAACAAGUUUCGGCGUUAGCCUAGCAGUCAAUGCGUGGAUUUUCUAUAGGGUAACAGGUGGUCUAUUUAAUCCCGCCGUCACAAUGGCGUUUGUGCUCGCUGGGUUAAUGCACCCAAUACGAGGUGCUGUGCUUUUCGUUGCACAACUGCUAGGCGGUAUAGUUGCUGCCGCCAUUAUUGAUGCUCUUAUUCCCGGUCCUCUGAAUGUUGCCAAUUCCCUUGGGCCUCAUGUCAACGUCGCCCAAGGUCUGUUUAUGGAGAUGUUCCUUACUGCCGAGUUAAUUCUCGCGAUUUUCAUGCUUGCAGUUGAAAAGCACCGAGCUACUUUCCUUGCCCCAUUAGGGAUUGGUUCCGCACUGUUCAUUGGCCACAUUGUUGGUAUUUACUAUACUGGUGCCGGAUUGAACCCCGCACGCUCUUUAGGCCCCUGUGUGGUCGAAAGAUCAUUUCCUGGCUACCACUGGAUCUACUGGAUUGGGCCCGGACUUGGCGCCAUGCUCGCGACGGCGUUUUAUAAGCUUCUUCUUGCCAUGAAGUAUCAGGAGGCAAAUCCCGACCAGGAUAUUGAUUGCCCGAUACAUUUGCAGCACUCCCUGAGGUCAAAUAGCAUCGGUCAGGUAGAGAAAGGUCUUGGAUCGGGGAACACUGCUCCUAGAGUAGCUCCUACAGCAGUUCCUAGAUCGGAUCCUAGAGUAGAUCCCAGAGCAGAUCCCAGAGCAGAUCCUAGAGAAGCGACAAGGAUUAAUAGUGACAAUACAAUGGUAAAUGGAUAA